GCCCUGUUUCUUGCAUGUCGGCGCACAUGGUAACCUGUUAGUUUGUACGGCACGUAAUCCGACUCGUCUCUACGGUCUCAUCUGACCGAUUCCCGAAGGAUAUAUUGGAACAAGCCCAUGGCGGGAUGGAACCAGAAGGCUGUGGGAUUUCCUGAAAACUGGGACAUAAUUGAUCAUUCUGAGUACCGAAGGUCUCGUCCACAGCCUCCUCAGGACCUCCCAUCCUAUACGCGUAGGCCUGGGUCUGCUGCAGGAAUGGAUGAAGGCGAACUUCGAAGAAACUUUAGUGGACCUGAUGCAGUCAGGCCAGAUAAUAUCCCUAUUGCGCGGGACAUGGGUUUGAAUUUCAGGACCAAUCUAGCCAUGCCACUUGAAAGAGACUAUGCUGUUAGUGAUUGGCUGACUCCACUCAGGGAUUCGCAGAACCCGAUCAUGUUUCACGGUGAACCUAGUCAGGAGUCUCAGGAUUCUGGAUGGGUUUCAGUAGAUGAGCUGAGACAGUUGCGACGCAGGGAACUUGAAAGCAGCAGUGUACCACCUUCUCGUGAAGCUGAUGAGCUCCGUUUCUCAAUGCAACAUCAGAGAACUUAUGAAGAACCUCCAGAGAAAAACAGUGUCCUGGACAAUGUCUUGCUAACCACCUUCCUUGCAUCUGAGUACUUAAUCUCGCAUCCAUUCCGUGUCUUGAGACGUCAGUGCCAAGUCAAUGCAGCAUGCAAUAGGUGUCACAUCCAUCCCCUGGCCCUGAUUCCCUCUAUGGUACGACUGACUCGGUGGCAAGGGUUUGGGUGCUUGUGGAAGGGAUUGCCUGGCACCUUGGUGAUUCGUGGCAUGAGCUACUGGACUGAAGACAUCCUCUCCAAGAUCACACCUUGGCCAAAAGAGUGGCCUUCACGGCCAAGUGUGGGUAAGGCAGUGCAGCAUAUCUUUCUGAAGGGGACAAGCAUUGUCCUUCAGAUGCCUUUCUAUUCAGCCAGUCUUGUAGAAACAGUUCAGAGUGACAUUGCUUCUGAUCCUCCUGGCAUUUUUGAUGUCAUUCAGGAGGGCAUUCGACGUGCUCUCCCUGGCCAUCAUCAUGCUCACUCAGCUCGCUUAAUCAAUAUCUGGAGCCUGGUCCCACUUUCCCUGGUGCAUGGUCUCUCAUUUUAUUGCAUCUCUUCAAUUGUAUCCCGGGUAAUGGCUCGUGCAAUUCAGUGGACUUCCAGGGAUCACACUUCCCGUGUUUAUAUGAAGUGCAGAGCAGAUUUUUGGGGUGCCUGCCUGGCCAGUGUCAUCUCAUUUCCUCUUGAGACAAUCUAUCACAGGUUGCUGCUGCAGGGGACAAGGACAAUAGUGGACAACUUGGAGCGUGGGACCGAGGUGGUGCCGAUCCUGUCCCGCUACGAAGGGGUGCGGGACUGCAUCGAUGGCAUCCGCAUCGAUGAGGGUUAUCUUGGCUUCUACAAGGGAUUUGGGGCUCUGAUCCUUGACUUCUCCCUCCGAUAUGCCCUUCUCCAUUUCACCCACUUCCUUGCCCUCAGGCUUCUUCCAUGUGAUGAGGACCUUCAUGCCAGGUGACCUCCCAUUACUUCUUGGUAAUGAAAAUGGAGGAAGAGGGAAGAGGAAUCUCUUUCCUUAUUUGAGUCUGCAACCUGGAAUUUUGAGUUUCACCUUAUUUUGAAAAUGUGGAAUUCUUUGAUGUAUGCUUGUAACAAUGAAGGCUCCAGCUUCAUUCAUGAAUUUUUUCCACUAACAAGAAGGGUUUCAUGUUAGCAAGCUAGGAUGAGUUUGUCACAGCACUUUUAUUCAAUGAUAGGCUGUCAGACUGGAAGACAAUGAGGUUUCUUUCUACACCUGUGAUGCAACCGGCUUAACUGGAAGCAUAGUGCUAUUGGAUUUGUUUCCAGCUAUACAUUUUUUAAAGUGAUGAAAUGUAUUAUCCGCUGAUCUUGCUUUUGGAAAUUAGUAUGCU